AUGCUCGACACCAACGGGAAGCAGCACCCUCUUGUACACAAGCUACAUGAACACAAACUCUGGGCCACAUUGGUAACCCGAAUCUGCGCUGAGGAUUAUUCGAAGCUGGAGACCAUGCAUAUACUGCAACGACAAGCACGUCAUCUCAGUCGCCUUGAAAAGAAAUACAGAGACCAAUUCAACCCUAAUACCCAGCUACCCGAUGCAUUUCGAGAUGCACUCUACCGCUUCCGAUAUUUUCUGCGGAUGGCGACAAAGGACCCCCUGAAAACACUCAAGGUGGAAUACGAAGCUUCUCCCCCACUGAGAUUCCAUUACGUCCGACAACCCCCAGGCACAUCCUGUUGUGGAGGAGACACCUGCAAGAUCAUUCCAGCUCAGAUAAUUAUCCCCGCUCAGCAGAACCUGUUCUCUCUCAUGGACCUGAUCCACGAGGACGCAGAGAAGUGGACAAGGCAGUCUAUUUUGAUUGAUGAGCUCGAGCGUCUUUUGAGGAGCGAGCCUGACGCGGACAGACUCAUUUCCAACUUUGUCAUGGGCAAGAUAGGAUACCUGUCUAUUCUUUCGCAUUGCAUGAAGCAGUUGGAGCUGUUCCAGCCCUGGGCCCGACAAUACUCGUACCAGAAACUCUUUGGCUACGAAGGCACGCAUGAUUUUGAGGAGGCGUAUGAGGCGGCGACGGCGGAAAGGGACCUGAUGGUAAGAGUACUCACAGGAGGCGGCAUGCCUUUGGAUAACCUAAGUCGGCUCGCUGAUCCCUCUGGUGGAAAAUUCGCAUACCUAUAUGGCAAGCAUCGAAACAAAGACACAGUCAAUGCUUUGCGACAAGCUGAGGCGAACCUGGAUGCUGUCUGGGCCGAGCUCGACAGUUUGAUGAAGAAAAACGUGCCCUGGUUCGAGAACCUGGCCCUCUACGCGCUUCUCUCUCAACCUCGCAGUCUGCGGAGAACACCAGAGUGGGUAGAGCCCGAUCAGAGUAAAGAGAAGAAACAGCCCGGUACUGAAAACGAUCUCUGGUCUCUUAAUCGUCCGUUAUCAAAUCUGUUUCUCGGUGAGUCUGAGCAGCUAGGUCAAAAGAUUGAGACCGUCCCUUUAAAGAAGACCAAGGCGAAGACGAAGGGCGAACCAACUAAGGUACAAAUUGUCGAAGUGCCUGCUGCUGAAGUUCCAGAAACCGAGCAGGUUGACCACCAACCAACUUUCGAGGUCGACGCACGAGCUCUGAAGGUCUUCCGUAUGUUGUUCUUCAACCCUGAAGUAACAAGCUCUCCUGGAACUGUUUCCUGGAACGGCUUUCUUCACGCGAUGGCCUCAACUGGUUUCCAGAUGGAGAAGCUGUAUGGCUCGGUGUGGCAGUUCCAACCCACUGGAUUGGAUGUUGAACGGGGUAUUCACUUCCAUGAGCCGCAUCCAAAAGGCAACAUUGCUUUCGAAAUUGCACGACGACAUGGACGAAGAUUGGCGAGAACUUAUGGAUGGAAUGGUGGGAUGUUUGUUUUGAAGGGUAAAUAA